AUGAAUAGUUCUGAGCACAAAAUGUCUAGGAAGAGCACACCACAUAAUUCUAGGACAACAAAUAGUACUAGAACUUCAAACGAGCACUUUAGUCAUUCAAAAUCUUCAAUAAAAUCAAGCCAAAAAUCCUUAUCUUCAGUUAAAAAACAAGAAACGAAAUCAGAUAACGAAGAAUACUAUUCUAACGAAUAUUACUCAUAUUCAUCAAAUCCGGAACCUCCAGAAGAAAAUAAAUCGAAGUCGAAAUCAUCUAUUCAAUCACCAAAAGCGCCAUCAAAUAGAUCUGCAAAGAAAACAGCUUCAGUUCGCGAUAUACUAGUUUCAGGUCAAUCUAGUUCUAUUCAAACAGACUCAAUAUACACACAUAGUUUUCAUGGAAAGGUAGACUCUCCAAAACCACAAGGACCACCUCCACUAAAGAGAACAUUCAUCGACGAAUCUUCAGAUUCAGAUGAUUUUGGAGAAAUUGACGACAUAAAUGAGUCGCAUUCACAUGCUUUUGUUUAUAGAAAACCAGAAUGGAAAUUCCCUGUGAAGAGAGUUACCAGGAAUGAAGAUGAAGGUCUUUAUGAUACAUUGCGUGAAAGAUUUUCUGUUAAGAAUAUUGUAUCCAAACUGAAGAGAACACAAUAG